AUGAGGAAGGCGGCAGCCGUAGGCCAGCACGGACGAUGGCGACGUGCCGUCGACUACCUCGGCCUUGGGAGGAGGGAGGCCACGACCGGGUCCAUGGGAGGUCCAGGACGUCACGCCGGCGGCGGAGCAAGAGGCGGCGCCGGCUUGGAAGUCAACGGCGCGGAGCCGGAUCAUGGAGGAGCGGUCGCAGCAGCCGGAGACGAACCUUGCCGCGUGGCGGCGGUAGCUUAUGGGGCCACGGCGGCUGGAUCAGGGGCAUGCGGCGUCGCUAGGCACGAGGACGCGGUGGCCGAGGGUCCUCGGCGGCGGUCGGGUGGAGGGGAUACGGGCGCGUGGCUCGGCACGGCGGCGGAGCGCGGUGGCUGGCUGGGGAACUCGCCGGGGCGGCGGAGCGCGGUGGCUGGCUGGGGAACUCGCCGGGGCGGCGGAGCGCGGUGGCUGGCUGGGGAACUCGCCGGGGGAAUUAAUGGCGUUAAACUGGGGCCAAAAACGUGUGCGGGAGAGAGGAAGAAGGAAGGAAGUGGUGGAGAUAAGUGGCGCAGGAGGUGGUUGUACAUUCAGGAGGAGUACAACAGAUCUCAAGAGUACAACAUUGCUCCUUUUGAUGGUACCGCAAAAAUCCUCAGGCGCCGAUCCUGGGACGCUGAAGCUACUGCCGAAGAAAAGUCAGCUACCGAUGCUCUAAUGAAGCGCAUCCACGAGCUGCAGAACACCCGCGGUCAAGAACUGUUGGGUGUCCAAAUUACUUCUUACUUCCUUAGGAUCAGGGUGUAG